GGAAAGAGAAUUCGGAGGGGAAGGAAAUGGGGCUCGCACUUUUUUUUUUGUCGGAGAGGAAGGAAAGACAGAUUUACAGCAUGAUACCCAGCUCUUAGGAAUUACAGACUCGGGGAGUAGGAACCAACACGAAAAAUUACACUUGGUAUACAUGCUGGGUUAUUCCCUUGAUUUCCUUUUUCUUUUCUUCUUUUCCCCCAUCAGAGCAAAUUUCAACUGCUUCGGUGGAAUAUGGCAUACAAGCUCUAGCGUGGAGUUGUUAUUCUUUCUUCUUCUUACAGGCAUGACGAUGAUACACAAAAUUCAAGAACGGCAGGUUUCGGUACAAAUGAGUUUGGGGAUUUCCUUUUUAUAUAAAUUCUUCCUCUAUUGGAAUAUCUUGGGGUAUGGCGUUCGGCGGUUUAGUCCUUUUUUUCAUUAUUUCACUUUGUCUUUCUUUUUGAUUGUUUCCUCGUCUUAUAUAUAUAGACCAUGGUCAUCCCUUUCCCCCCCUUUUUUUUUCAUAAAGUCAAGGGGUUUUGGUAGCUACAUAGCUACUCGCGGGAUGAACUUGAUUGGUUGCGUAGUGGGUAGGUGCGUUACGCUAUAUUGCACAUUAACUAUAUACACAUAAACAUGUAGGUGAAGAAGACGAAUAGGGAAGGAAAGAAAGAGGUGGGAAGGGUUGGAAUGGUGAAGGUGAAGGUGAAGGUGAAGGAGGGUAGAUUAACUAGGUAGGGGGUGAGUUACGAUAUGCGAAAUGAAAGAUGAAAUGAAAAUACAUUCAUAUACACAUCAAGGAUACGA